AUGAGCGUCGCAUUUGGCCAGCUGAUCUUGUAUGCUCUUGGUGCCGGGUUCACCGAGAUCUAUCGCGGAUGGCGCUACAUGGUCGGGCUGGGUGCACUUCCCGCCAUCAUCCUUGCACUGAUAAUGCUAAAGUGCCCGGAGUCGCCUCGCCAGCUUAUCGCGCACAAAAAACACGAGGAAGCUGCUCGCGUCCUGAAGCGUAUCUUCCCAAAGGCAACUGAGGACCAGCUGCGAUGUAAGAUCAAGCUGAUCCAGAACUCGUCGAGGAGGUCGCAGUUGCUCUGGGCGACAAAUCCCUGUUGUGGCAGCUCAAUCAACUGUUUGUCGUCCGGGCAGAUCUAA